CGCUCCUCUUGUCCCGGUCCCGCUCCUCCUGUCCCGGUCGGACAUGGCGGAUGAGGGCGCCGUCACGGUGUGCGUGCGAGUGCGACCGCUCAUCGCCAGAGAAAAUGCCUCAGGAGAUAAAGUGCCCCUGCACUGGAGAAGUGAGAAUAAUACUGUUUCCGACGUGAGUGGUACCAAAAUAUUUAGUUACGAUCGUGUCUUUCACUCAAGUGACAACACUCAACAGUUGUAUGAUGGUGUAGCUGUUCCAAUCAUACAGUCAGCUGUGCGAGGCUAUAAUGGCACAAUUUUUGCUUACGGACAGACUGCUUCAGGGAAGACUUACACAAUGAUGGGGAAUGAAGAUUCCGUGGGCAUUAUCCCUAAGGCAAUUCAACAUGUGUUCAAAAUUAUUUGUGAGAUUCCAGAGAGAGAAUUCCUGCUAAGGGUUUCAUACAUGGAAAUCUACAAUGAAACAAUUACUGAUUUGCUUUGUGAUAAUAGGAAAAAGAAGCCUCUGGGAAUUCGUGAGGAUGUUAAUAGGAAUACGUAUGUAGAAGAUCUGAUUGAAGAAGUGGUGGUUGCCCCAGAACAAGUUAUGGAAUGGAUAAGAAAAGGAGAAAGAAAUCGCCAUUAUGGAGAAACAAAAAUGAAUGAACACAGCAGCCGUUCUCACACUAUCUUCAGAAUGAUCAUUGAAAGCAGAGAACGAAGUGACCCUGCAAAUGCAAACUGUGAUGGAGCAGUCAUGGUUUCCCACUUGAACUUGGUAGAUCUGGCAGGCAGUGAAAGAGCUAGUCAAACAGGAGCUGAAGGUGUUCGACUGAAAGAAGGCUGCAAUAUAAAUCGGAGCUUGUUUAUUCUGGGUCAAGUUAUCAAAAAACUUUGUGAUGACCCUUCUGGCUUCAUAAAUUACAGAGACAGCAAGCUGACUCGAAUUCUGCAGAACUCCCUUGGAGGAAAUGCUAAAACAGUUAUUAUUUGUACAAUUACUCCUGUUUCUUUUGAUGAGACACUCAGCACUCUUCAGUUUGCCAAUACAGCCAAAGGAAUGAAGAAUACACCGAAAGUCAAUGAAGUUCUUGAUGAUGAUGCCCUCCUGAAGAGAUACCGCAAAGAAAUUCUGGAUUUGAAAAAGCAGCUGGAGGAAGUGUCUUCAAAAACUCAGAUUCAUGCAAUGGAAAAGGAUCAACUGGCCCAGCUGUUGGAAGAAAAAAAUUCCCUUCAAAAAGUACAGGAGGACAGGAUACGAAACUUAACUGAGAUGCUGGUGACUUCUGCUUCCUUUGCCUCAAAACAGAAUGUUAAAGCCAAGAGAAGAAGAAGAGUUACUUGGGCUCCUGGUAAAAUAAACCAGGCAAAUGUGAGCUUUUUUGAAGACUUUGAAAAUGCAAUGCCGACUGAAACAAAAAAAAUGAAGUUGUCUCUGCCAGCGGUACCAGAUGUGGAGGAUUCUACCUUAGAGAAUUCUGGGUAUGACAGCCAUUGCCUGAUGGUUCCUGAUCAAAUUUCAGAAGCAGAAUGGAUUGCUGGUCCCAGCAUGAAUUGGACCCAGAAAGACUUUGAAGAAUCUGUGCAACUCUGUGAAGCAUUAGCACUAGAAAAGGAUAUUGCUGUAAAUGAGGUCAACGUCCUGCAAGCUAACUUUGAUAACCUAGUGCUGGAAAAUGAGCAGUUGAAAUCAGAAAUAAAUGAACUGAAAGAGAGACUGAAGGAAAAAACAGAAAUAGAUGAAUUUGAAGCACUGGAAAAGCAAACACAAAAAGAUCAUGAGAUUCAACUAAUGCAUGAAAUUACCAACUUAAAGAAUCUAAUUUCAAAUGCUGAAGUGUACAAUGAGGAACUUGAGGCAGAAAUAAAUUCCAAACUGGAACAGCUGAAAGAGAAAGAGAACAAAAUAAAAAUAUUACAGAAUCGUGUGGAAGAACUACAAAAAGCAGAAGUAGAAAGAAAAGAGACAUCUUUUGCACUGGGAGAUUGUGAUAAACUAACUGAAGAAAUUCAGCAGCUGAAUAAGUCCCUCUUAGACAGUGAAGCCAUAGCCUUGGAUGCCAAAAAGGAAUCUGCUUUUCUCAGAAGUGAAAAUCUGGAGCUGAAGGAGAAGAUGAAUGAACUCUUAAAUAACCACAAGCAAAUGCAAAAGGAUGUCCAGUUAUAUCAAAGCCAAAUAGAAGUGGGAAAAGCCAGUUACCGGCAAAUGCAAGCUGACUUGCAGAGAGAGCUGCAGUCUUUAUUUCAAGAAAACACAAGACUAACUUCACUGAUGGAGGGUAAAGUUCCAAAAGAUUUGCUUUCUCAGGUGGAGCUGGAAAAAAAGGCAGCUGACUUAAAAGGAGAACUAGAAAAUGCUUUGAAAGAGAAUGCACUUCUACAGAAACAAGUAAAUGAGCUAUCAGAAUUUCAAUCUCUACCAAAUACUGUUGAAAUGCAAAAGAAAGAGAUUCUUGAAAAAUGUGAGGAGUUAAGCUUAUUAAAAUUGGAAAAUGAAAAGCUGCUUUCUGAAGUAGCUGAUAAUGAAAUGAGACUUAAGCAUAUGUCAGAAGAAAUUGAGAAAUCAAAAGACAAUCUCACAGAUGUACAACUGAAAUACGCAAAGUCUGAUGAGGAAUAUGUAGCACUUAAACAGCUCCAUGAAGAAAUAGAACAAAAAUACAGAGCUGCAACAGAAACCAAUGAACAAAUGAAGCUCCAAAUAGAAUGCCUGUCUAAAGAAGCACAAGAGUCUAAAACAGUUUUGGAUGAAGUGAAAUUAGAGCUCUCUAGCAAAAUGAAAGAACUGGAAGAGAGAGAAGCAGAGCAAAAUCAACUCCUUGAGCUAAGAGAAAAUCUUGUUCAGACUCAGCAGAAGUUAAAUGAACUGGAGCAAUUAAAAGAGGAGGAAGAAAGGCUUAGUGAAGUGAGACUGGAGGCCAAAGAUUUGGAGGUCCAGGCAAUCUUGCAGCAGCUUACAGAAUGUCGGGAAGAAAUAAAAACUCUAACCCAGGAAAGAGAUGACCUGAAGCAAAAAGGGGAGUUUCUUCAAGCUGAGACAGAGCAACUCAGAGAGGAUAUAAAGGACACGGUUUCAAUGAACAUCAUGUCACAUGAAGAUCUGAGAAAUACACAAAACUCUCUGAAGGAAUCCCAGAAAACUGUCAAGAAGUUGGAAAAAAGUAUUUCUGAAAAAGAAUCUCAGAUUUUGAGUGUUGAAGAGGCACUAGGGAAAACCAUUAAAGAACUCCAAAUACGGAUCUCAGAAAUGACAGAAGAAAUGAAAAUCAUCACUUCAGAGAGAGAUCAGCUUGCUGAGGAAAAAUCAGGAACUAAUAGCUGUAGAGAAAGUGAUCAGCUUCAGGUGCAAAAGGAACAAAUCGUUUUCCUUACUCAAGAGAACUGUUCAUUGCAGGAGAAGCUGGACAGUUUACUUGUGCAAACAGAGGAGUCUGGGGAAGGAACUUUGGUACCACAGAUUCAAGGACAAUCUAUGGAGCAAGAGUUAUUUCUUCUGCGAGAAGAGCUGAGCCAGGCACAACAGAAAUUGCAUGAAAUGGAGGAAGCAAAGGCCAGUGAAUAUCAAGGGGAAUCUGCAAAAAUGGAGAGAACAGAUGUUAUUCCAGAACCACAUGACUCCCAGGAAGUCAGUGCCCAGACAGAAGGAGAUGGUGAUGAUUUCAAAAUGCAACUGGAAAAUCUCCAGAAUGAGAGAGACCAGCUAAGAGAAACGCUACAGGAGAUGAUUAGCAAGAACGCAGAGAUGCAGGAGGAGUUGAGAUGUACUUGUGAAUCUCUUGGACAACAUCAGGAGAAGAUUGUGGAGCUGACAGGAAGUGUUUCAGAGAAGGAAAACCAGCUCUUGAGGGCGCAAGAGGAAUUGAAGGAAAAAACUGAUGAACUGCAGCAGAAGCUCACUGAAGUCACUGAAAACCUGACUCGUGUCUCAGCUGAGUAUGGCGACCUCCUGGCAGAAAAGCAACAAACCGAAAGGGCAAUGAGUGAGCAAGUGUGUCAGCAGCUUGAGAGAAUCACUUCACUUAACAAGGAGAAGGAUGAGCUUCAGCAAAUGGUAGAGACUUGUAAAGAAAGGGAAGAACACUUGUUGAAGGUUCAGAGGCAGUCAGAGACAUUGGCGGACAGCCUAACAAGCAAGCUCACUGAAGUCACUGAAAACCUGACUCGUGUCUCAGCUGAGUAUGGCGACCUCCUGGCAGAAAAGCAACAAACCGAAAGGGCAAUGAGUGAGCAAGUGUGUCAGCAGCUUGAGAGAAUCACUUCACUUAACAAGGAGAAGGAUGAGCUUCAGCAAAUGGUAGAGACUUGUAAAGAAAGGGAAGAACACUUGUUGAAGGUUCAGAGGCAGUCAGAGACAUUGGCAGACAGCCUUACAAGCAAGAUUCAACAGUUAACUGAGACACUAAAUAGUGUCUCAUGUGAGAAGGACCAGUUAUUAGCUGAAAGUACUAGUCACUCUUUACAACUUCAAGAACAAAUCUCAUCAGUGAAUCGUGAAAAAGAUGAGCUACAGAAACUUCUUCAGGAUGUCAGGUUUGAGCGGGACCAGCUCAAGGCAGAGUUGCAAAGAAAUUCUGAGAUGUGUGUUGAAACCAAGGCAAAACUGGAAGAUGCUUUAGAACAGCUGAAGCAGAGAAACCUGAACAAUAUGUCCAUUCAGGUAAACCCAGUGGAUAUUGCAGAGCAGGUGGCCGAUAACAGCUUGACAGAAAAAACCUUGAAAAUCAAGGAGCUUCUUGAGAAAUUCCCAAGUAUGGGGAAGAGAUAUGAAUGUCUGUCUACAAUGUCUCUUAAACUAAAGAGUGAACUGAACAGUCAGAAAGCACUGAUAGCUGUGAUACUGCCUCAGCUUACACUGGAGCAGAGUAAACAAGUCAAAACACUUCAAACUAAAAAUGAGGAAAUCAACACUCGUCUCCAGAAGUUAUUGACCAAAUUGAAGCUUCUGUUCAGCUCUGCUUGCACAAAGAGAAGAGAGUACCACACUACUGUUCACAAUUAUGAAAUGGGAUUGCUAGAGGAAAAGAGAAAACAAGGUCACCUACAAUCCCAGAUUCAAUGUCUCAGGAAGAUGAAUUUGAAGCAGAAUGAAGUAUCAUCACAAGAGUUAAACAGCUGUGAAGGGCUGCAGAGGUUGCACUUGGAUGCAGAGAGCAUUGUCAAAGAUGUAUCAGAAAUGGAAAAUGAACUUCUCUACAUAGAAGCAGAGUUACAGCAGGAAGAAAGUGCUAGAAAAGAAACAAUACAGUUCUGGGAAGCUUGUUCAGGAACUCACUGGGAUGCAGAGGAACUGAAAGAAGAACUAAAGAAAGAUAAUGAAAGACUCUUGCAAGUCUUUAAAUUCUGGACUCCUAAAGUAAAGAUACUCCUUGAACUUUCUUCAGAGCUGGAUGCCAGAACUGCUGAUUAUAGUAAAAAUGCUGAUGUUGAAUUAAAACAGAGAAAAGAGAAAAAUGAAGAGUUGCUUCAGGAUCUAAACACUCUGAAAAAAAAACUGGCCCCUGGUGGCUCUGCCAGUCUAGCAUUAGAAGAAGAAAAUUAUAGGCUUCAUAAUAAAUUAAAGGCUGCAGAACAAGAUAAAAAGGCUAUGAAAGUAAAAAUUCAGAAGUUAGAAAAUGUAAUAAAUGAAGUAGGAGAAAGUGUCAAAGAGAGAGAUGACAAGAUAAGCAAGUUACAAGCACAAAUAAGAAUAAGAACAGAGACAAGUGAGCUCACCCAACUGCAAGCCAAACUGAAUGAGAUGGAUAAUUGCCUUAGGACUGCUUUAACAGAGAAUCAGAGUCUUCAGGCAAAAUUAGAUAAAGGUGCUGAGCUGUACAAAGAAGAAAUUGACCAUCUGAAAACACAAUUGGUAAAAUGUGAUCUGGAAAGAAUGAAACAAUCCAACUUCUUUGAAGAGAAUCUUCGUAAUUAUAAAGCCACUGCAGAACACCAAGAACAACAGUUAAAAAAGCUAAAGGAAGAGCUGAGAAGAGCACACCAAGAGCAAGAUGUCACUGUGCUGAAAGAACCAGAUCCUCAGCAAUCCCAAAUACCCCUUACUUGUGGUGGUGGCAGUGGUAUUGUGCAGAGCACACAAAUACUUGUUCUAAAAUCUGAACAAGCCAAGCUACAGAAAGAGAACUUGCAGCUGAAGAAGCAAAACGACCUUCUACUGAGUGAUGAACUUCAACUGAAAGAGGAACUCAGGAAAUGGAAAGAAAGAGCACUAAAAUGGAGAGAACGAUCCUUGAGAGAAACUUCUCGAGAGACAAUACCAAAGUCUCCUAAGAAGGCAGUGUCAUAUUUCUUUAAAGAGCAAAUGCCUUCACCCUGCAAGGAAACUGUUUCUCAGGAAACAGUGACUCAGGACCUACCUAAACCUCUGCCUCUGACUUGUCCAACAAAUUUCUUUGAUAAUUCCAACUUGGGUGUGCUAACAGAUACACGACCUGCGGGCACGGAGUCCACAGAAGAACAUCUUAAGCACUUGUUUGGGACUUCAGACAGAGAUCAAGUCCCUGAUUGCAGCACCCAGUAAAGAUGCUUUGUGUUAGCUGCCCUUACAGCGCCUACAGCCAGGAUCUGCAUAUACAAAAAAAAAAUUGCUUCAGGUUAAAAACCAUCAACCUCUUCCAUCUUUGCUGUCUUAGAGUUUCUACUUCCCACACCUGGGAAAGCUGGAAUAUGAGGACAAAGAUGGAAAACCAGAUUUUGUCCCACAACCUGCUAAUCUGCUGAUGUGCUGCUUUGGUGUUUUGAUGUGGAUUUUUUUUGAUGGCAGAGAGGCUAAUGUAUUGAAGAAAAAAUGGAAACAAGGAAUUGAUCACAAACUAAUCUACUGUGAAACUUCUCAGUCUCAAACUUUUCUUUCUGUCAUUCCCAGAACAGCCCUUUUCUGGGGUGUUGAUAUUUCUAUCUUCAAAGUGCUGUUGACUUGGCAAGAAAUAUUCUUUUUAUUUCUUAGCAUGUGGUUUUCAUACCAUACUUUCUUUAGGCCAAUAGAAACUGUAUUUUCACCACAAUCUUGACUUCUUUGGAUACUGCAACCGAAGUUACUGAUCUCCUGUUUGUAGAGCACACAAUCAAGGGUUUCUCUUAAACUCCUUAAAAGUUUCUGCAGCUCAGCCAAUUAUGGUACCGUGAGUAACUCUGAAUUUUGCAUCAUUUUUCAACAUACCUGUCUGAAGUUAUGUAUUGGGGUUUUUUUAAAUAGUAAGCAAUAGACUUCACAUUCUUCUGCUUCUCCAGUGAAGGGAAAACAAACCAGAUCAUUGGGACAAGAUGGACUCUUUCAUUAACCUACUUAUCUGUGUUGUGAGACCUACAUUUUGUA